UCAGUUAGUGUAUGUAAUUCAAAGAGUAGUCAUAUAUUUAUAUAAUAAAAAAUAUUUUUUUGAUUAAUAGUUAGCAUUUAAUUUGUAGUGCAAACAAAAAAAAUGUCUGUUAAUUUUGAUUUCACCGGUAAGGUAGUUGUAAUAACCGGUUCGAGUUCGGGUAUCGGUGCGGCCACUGCUCUAUUGUUUGCCAAAUCGGGUGCCAAUGUUGUAGUCACCGGUCGUAAUGCCGAUCGUGUGGCACAAGUGACCAAACAGUGUACAGAUUUGUCACCUAAACAGCUGAAAGCAUUGCAAGUUGUCGGCGAUUUGAACAAACAAGUGGAUUGCGAUCGACUAAUUCAGACAACUGUCCAAACGUUUGGCAAAAUCGAUGUAUUGGUCAACAAUGUCGGGUUCGGCGAUAGAGCCGAAGUUACUAAAGAGGAUUAUUAUCAAAAAUUUCUAAACGUUAUGACAACUAACUUGAAUUCAGUGGUAUAUCUGACACAUAAAUCUGUUGAACAUUUAGCCAAAACUAAUGGCAAUAUUAUUAACAUAUCGAGUAUUGCAUCAAAAAUAUCGGCCGGUAACGGUUCGUCACCCUAUCAUAUAUCCAAAGCAGCACUGGAUAUGUUUACCAAAUGUAUGGCCGCAGAGUUGGGACCCAAACGUAUUAGAGUUAAUUCAGUCAAUCCCGGUGCUGUUGUAACUAAUUUUGUUACCAAUAUGGGUGUACCUAAACCAGUGUCCGAUAAGGUUUACGAAGCAGUUGGACGUAAAUACCCGGUAGGCAGGGCUGGCCUGCCUGAAGAUAUUGCCCAAACUAUUGCCUAUUUGGCCAGUGAUCAGGCGGCCGGGUUUCUGACCGGUAGUAUUGUUUUGGCCGACGGCGGACAUCUGGCAGCUAACGUAUCGUUUGAUAACGAAAGACAAGAGAUGCUCAAAGAAAUGAAAUAAUUUUUUUUGUUUGUUUUUGAUUUAUAAAUAAUUAUAAUUAUAAAUUAUAAAUACAUGAUUUAUAAGAUAUUAUUUUAAUUAUAUUUUUCAAAAAAAAAUAUUUUUAAU